AUGGAAAACUCCGCAGAUCGUCCGGAGACUGGCGACACAAACCAGGGAUCGACGCCGCACCAUGUCCUAGGGAUACCUCGCCCUCCCUCUGUGGGCGGAAUUUCGUCCCGAGUGACAGAUGAAGAUGGAGAGCGAGCACCAUCUUACACAUCACCUCACCCUCAUCCCCUUCAGUCGCGGCCCUCUGUUUCCUCCAGGCGUGGUCCGCCUCCAACGCGGAACUCCAUCAAUGCGCCCAGCCAGGUGACCAGCAGACCUGGCAGCUCGGGGAGUCGACUGAGUAGAACACAUAUCCCGUCUCUGACGGCACAGGCUUUUUUCCGGCCCAUGAGCUCGCAACGAUUGCAGGCACACCGAGGAACACGCCCUGUGACCAAAGGGACGGUUUCAUCCACCGACGACUGGACAGAGCAUGGAAGCCAGAACCGGAGGAGCUUGAUCUCCAAUAGCACAGCCCCGCAAGGAUCUCAGCCUCCGGCUGAUAUGGAAGCUCCUCCGUCUCGAGGAACAGAGUUCACAGAUCCUAUCAUUCCAGACCGCAACAUCUCCAACGCUAGCCCCACCGGUAACACAACCGUCCGGAGUCUGGGUGAAAGCGUCCGACUGCUGCGGGACCGAGAUCAAAAGGAGAAACCCCAGCGUCUCAACCUUGGGGCCAACUAUACAGGGCAUGCCGUGCAGGAUGCGCCACCAAAAUCACCCCUGUCAUUCCUAUCAUUGCAAAACAGGGGGGUUGGACACGGCCAUGAUUCUCGGGCCCAUCAAGGCCACGAACAUCUCUCCUCCGCUGGCUCCUCUCCGGGUCCCCUCGACGUGAAAAGGCCCCCUCUACCAGAAACGAAUAUGGGUAGAAAUUACGAGUACUUCCUCGGCAACACAUUCUUCUGCGGUGGGGGGCGGUUCCAAAACUCGAGAGACAAGCCUGUCAAUAUUGCAACAGGACUUUUAAUCGUUGUACCCUCGGCGUUGUUCUUUGCCUUCUCGGCUCCCUGGCUGUGGCAUAAUAUCUCUCCUGCCAUUCCCAUAGUGUUUGCUUACAUUUUCUACGUGUGUUUCUCGUCGUUUGUGCAUGCAUCCGUUGUCGAUCCUGGAAUUAUGCCUCGGAAUGUACAUCCGAUGCCUCAACCAGAUUCUUCAGACGACCCUCUGGCGCUUGGCCCGCCCACAAAUGACUGGGUUAUGGUCAAGCUUGCUACUUCAGAUGUAGCUGCCAUGGACGUGCCUGUGAAAUACUGCAAGACAUGUAAUAUUUGGCGGCCUCCUCGCUGCUAUCACUGCCGUGUCUGCAACAACUGCGUCGAAACCCUCGACCAUCACUGCGUGUGGCUCAACAAUUGUGUUGGUCGCCGAAACUACCGCUAUUUUUUUACUUUCGUCAGCUCUUGUACCCUCUUGGCUCUCUUUUUGAUCGGUGCUAGUCUGGCACAUAUCUUGGUCUACAGGUCUCAGGAAAGCAUAUCAUUCGGGGCUGCAAUCUCCAAAUGGAGAGUUCCAUGGGCCAUGGUGAUAUAUGGGUUGGUUGCAGUGCCAUACCCUACAUCGCUUUGGGCAUAUCAUCUCUUCCUAGUUGGCCGUGGUGAAACUACCAGAGAAUAUCUCAACUCGCACAAGUUUGCCAAGACUGACCGACAUCGACCAUUCACCCAAGGAAAUAUCCUUAAAAAUUGGAUUGCUGUUCUUGGGCGUCCUCGGCCUCCUACCUACAUGCAAUUCAAGCAGCGGUAUGAAGACGGUGAUCAACGCUUGGACUCACAAAAGCGCAGGUAUCGCGUCCCAGAUGUCGAGUCCCAAGGCAUUGAGAUGCAACAUGUUGGUCCCCAACAGGAUUAA